GGGGAGUUUGACAGGUGUGCUCAGAAAUACUCUCGCGCUUGCUGCUAUUCUUUCUUCUCACUCUGUCACUGCCACGUGUCCAAGUGAUGUGGGAGAAGAGUGUCUGCAAGGGCAUACAUUUCUGUAGGUUGUUCACCGAGACAGCUGAAACAACAUGACCUGGACUAGUGGCUUGACCUCAGCCUGGGCCUUCUGGACUGGACGAGGAAAUGCAGACAGCAAUGUGAGGACUAUAGUAUCCAACCUGCUUUAUGAGGACCAAAAGCCAAAAGAUCGUCCCAACAGGAACUAUGCGAGAAAUGGCAUCAAGACCACGAAAUACAGCAUCUGGUCCUUCAUCCCGAUGAACUUGCUGGAACAGUUCCGCCGGGUUGCCAAUAUUUAUUUUGUGGGUUUAGUGGCACUAAACUUCGUCCCAGCUGUGAAUGCUUUCCAGCCACAGGUGGCCCUGAUUCCCAUUUGUGUCAUUUUGGCUUUGACUGCCAUCAAGGAUGCUUGGGAGGAUAUCAGACGCUACCAGAGUGAUCGUCAGCUCAACGGCAUGCCCUGCCUCGUCUAUAGCAGGAGCCAGCGAGGCUUUGUGGAGAAAAGAUGGAAGGAUGUACGGGUGGGGGAUUUUGUCCAAGUGCUCUCCAAUGAGAUCAUCCCAGCAGACAUCUUGCUCCUGGACACGUCCAACCCUAAUGGAGUGUGCUACAUGGAGACAGCCAACCUGGAUGGCGAGACCAACCUCAAACAAAGGAAAGUGGUGCCUGGUUUCUCCACACAGAAUACUCCAUUUGACCCGCUAAACUUCAAGUGCACUGUGGUUUGCGAGAAGCCCAACAACAAACUGAACAAUUUCAAUGGCUUUCUAGAAAAAGACAAGCAGAAGACAGGCCUUAACAUUGAGAGCCUAUUACUCCGUGGAUGCACUGUCAGAAAUACAGCUCAUGCCUCCGGGAUAGUGGUGUAUGCAGGCCAUGAGUCCAAGUCCAUGCUAAACAACAACAGGCCAAGGUACAAACGUAGCAAGCUGGAGAGAAAGAUGAACACGGACGUGCUCCUGUGCGUGCUUCUGCUCUUCUGCAUGUGUCUCAUAGGAGCCAUUGGUCAUAUCCAUUGGUUGGAGUCUUUCCGUAAUAUCCCGAUCUACUUUAUCCCAGAAAGUGAUGGGAGUUUUAUCAAUCCAUUGCAGGCAGGGCUCUACAUGUUCUUCACCAUGAUUAUCCUACUGCAGGUGAUGAUCCCAAUUUCACUCUACCUGUCCAUCGAGCUGGUGAAGAUUGGCCAGGUGUUCUUCAUCACUCAAGACUUGGACCUGUAUGAUGAGGAGAAGGACUCUCGGGUCCAGUGUCGUGCUCUUAAUAUCACAGAGGACCUGGGGCAGAUCCAAUACGUCUUCUCAGACAAGACCGGGACUCUGACUGAGAACAAAAUGGUGUUCCGCCGCUGCACUAUAAUGGGAACUGAAUACCCUCAUGAGAAUAAUGCAACACGAUUGGCCAUUCUGGCAGGGGUGACAGAACAAGGUGAUGAGGUUAUUUACCAACAGUACAGACAGCCUUCUCUAUUUUCUCUGGAGGAAAUUCAGGAAGACCCAUCAGGAGGCAGAAUGAACUCUAACACGUUUGCCAGGAACAGCUUUCAAAGGCCAAGGGUCAGAGCAGGAACCACUGGAAGCCUUGCUUUCAGCAGCCCACUGGAAACUGAGGUGCUUCCAGACCAGACACUGCUCCAACUAGUAGAAGAUGCUGAGUGUGGGAGGAAAAAUGCACACUACCUGGAGUUCUUCCUGGCUUUAGCCAUCUGCAACACUGUAGUAGUUUCAACAAAAGCAGCCCAGAGACAAAGGGCCAAACGGCAACGUUUCUCUUCCCACUCCAGCAGUUCACUCGAGUGUAUGGAGAGCCUGUUGAGUCAAAUUGCAUCUCUUGGGAAGCGGGUCAUAGGCAAGAGAAGCACUUUCUCUGAGCCUUUACCCACUGACCCCAUGGAUUCUCCUGUCCAUGAUGUCCCCAGUUUUUAUGGUUCUAUGGAGAGCCGUAAUGAAGGCAGGAACAGUUGGGGGCGGGCCCGGGCAGGAAGCAAUCUAUCUGUGAUUGAGGAUGUUUGUUAUGAGGCCCAGAGUCCAGACGAAGCAGCGCUAGUGCAUGCAGCCAAGGCUUACGGUUUCACCUUAAAGGAGCGGACACCUGAUCAUGUAACUGUCCAGCUGCCUCAAGGAACGCUGCUGAAGUUUGACGUGCUAGAUGUCUUGGCCUUUGAUUCAACCCGGAGGAGGAUGUCCAUAAUUGUGCGUCAUCCUGAAACCAAAGAGAUUAUAUUGUAUACUAAGGGUGCAGACUCUGGCAUUAUGGAGCGACUGCAGAAUUCCUUUGAAGACAAAUCACACCUGAAAAGUGAGAAUAGAAAUAUUGUGUACAAAACUCAGAAAGACCUUGACAUGUAUGCAGCGGAUGGUUUACGGACCUUGUGUUUCGCAAGAAAGGUUGUAAGUGAACAGGCCUAUAAGAACUGGUUAGUUAGGAGACAAGACGCUAUGUCAGCCAUAGAGAAGAAAGAAGAGCUACUCAGGGACACUGCAGCAUACAUGGAAAACAACUUCACACUGCUGGGGGCCACUGGAAUUGAGGACCGCCUUCAAGAAAAUGUUCCAGAAACCAUCCAGGCCUUGAGAGAGGCAGGAACCAAAGUAUGGGUGCUGACUGGGGACAAACUUGAGACAGCUGUCAACAUUGCCUACUCCUGCAAGCUGCUGGACCAGAAUGACCUGGUGUUCACUUUUAAAAUGGCGAACAAGGACAUCUGUAAGAACAUGCUGAAUGGAGCUCUGAAUGAGAUGCAGCAGUUUAUGGAUGAGAUGCCCAGAAUUGGGUUGGUGAUUGACGGUCAUACCCUGGGCCUGCUCCUGGACAAUGAUCUUCAGGAUCAGUUCCUGCAGUUAUGCCAACACAGCCGUGCUGUGCUGUGCUGCAGAGCCACACCGCUGCAGAAGAGCAAAGUCGUCACACUGCUACGUGACAGGCUCAAGGUCAUGACUCUUGCUAUAGGUGAUGGUGCCAAUGAUGUGAACAUGAUUCAAGCAGCAGAUGUCGGUGUGGGACUAUCCGGCCAGGAAGGCAUGCAGGCUGUCAUGGCCAGUGACUUUGCAAUAUCUCGCUUCAAACACCUGAAGAAGCUUCUUCUGGUUCAUGGUCACUCCUGUUACACCCGGCUGGCAAACAUGAUCAUCUAUUUCUUCUACAAGAAUGUGGCUUAUGUCAACCUCCUGUUCUGGUACCAGUUCUACUGCGGCUUCUCUGGCACGGCCAUGAUUGACUACUGGUUCAUGAUUUUCUUCAACCUCUUCUUCACAUCCACUCCACCCAUCAUGUUCGGCAUCAUGGACCAGGAGGUUUCUGCCCACAUGCUCCUCCAACUGCCUGAACUCUAUAAAAGGGGCCAGCGUUCUGGGGGAUACUCUCGUACAACCUUUUGGAUAGCUAUUCUCGAUGCCUUUUAUCAGAGUCUUGUUUGCUUCUUUGUACCAUACUGGACAUACCAAGGCUCUGAUAUUGGCAUCUUCUCUUUGGGAACGCCCAUGAACACUGUGUCUUUGUUUACCAUCAUUCUUCAUCUGGCAAUUGAGAUCAAGAGCUGGACAUGGGUGCAUUGGGUGAUCAUGGUGGGCAGUGUCUUGGUGUUCUUCAUCGUGACUCUGGCUUUCAGCACCAUCUGCAUCACCUGCAACCCCCCCUCAAAUCCAUACUGGGUCAUGCAGAAGCAAAUGAAUGACCCUGUUUUCUACCUGGUCUGCAUUUUAACCACAAUUGUAGCACUGCUGCCAAGGUUCACAGUACAUGCCCUAAGGGGAACACUCGUGCCUUGUGACCACCUCAAGGCAAGGCAGAUAGACAAGCUGCCUCCAGACCAUCGGGACACGUGGCUCAGAGAAUGGAGGAGCCUCAAAGCCCUGUGUACCUCCUACCCUAGCCUGUCCGCUACACGUAGACGUUCAGCCGCAGCUACAGUCCAAGAUGCAGAUUAAUGCUUCAGAGCUCUCAAUAAUAAUAAUGUAAUAUACAAGAGACCGAGCCAGAAGGACUGGCUUAUUUUUCUGACUUCCUAAGACAUAGAACAUUUGAUGACAAAUAUAUACUUUGCCAAUCCUGAACUUUUGCCCAAGGCCAAGUGUGCAAGGGCAACCUUUCAAAGACAUAAGUGAAGAACUCAUGUUGAUGGGGGGGGGGACACUUUAAUGCAGUGUUAAUGACAUUUUGAAUUGGCCUCAGUCAAGGAAAUAACCUGAACAGCUUGGACCUAUGUUUGUUUAGUUUCUGAAUCUGCUUCCUCCAGAGUCUUCUCCACUAACAAGUCUCAUGGAUUAAAGGUGGAGUUUGACUCCAAGAACAUCCCUGAGGUUCUCUCAAGGUCUUGGAGAAGUUCAGACAAUUGUGCAGCACAUUCCAUGCUGGCUGAUCAAUACACCACCCACAUUUUCUCAACAAACACCUCGAAAUUAGCUGCUUUUCUGGACUUGGUGAUUUGAAGUGGCAUUGGUUUCCCUGUGAGAAACCUACUUUCACUGUGAGAAAUCUCAUUUGUAUUCAGAGGUGCUUCGAGCUGCUCAUGAAAUAAUUGAGGAUUGCAGAUGUUACAUAAUAUCUUGGUAUUUUCAGUUCAUGAAUCCGUGUUGACAGCAUGCUGGGCUUGAUGGUGAAAGACAGAGACACAAGUAUUGCAGCAUGAUUUACAAGCAUCUCUGACUUUUGUUAUACUACUUGAUUCUUAAUUAUUUAACAUUAUAUUCGACUAGAUGGUGUGUGUGUGUGUGUGUGUGUGCAGGAGUACAAAACCACUUAAUUGUAUCUCUGACGUGUCUCUGAUGUUCCUCUUUCUUCAAGGAGACAGUGAUGAUCCCACAAAAAUGACCACAUAGUGAGAUAAAGCUGAGUAAAUCUCAGUCCUCUCUUCCACCUCUCACUUAAGUGCCCUCUGUAGCUGAAGCUUGCAAUAAAAUGGGUCUAGGAGUGAUUCGAUUUGGAGAGUUCAUUGCAUUUUUAUGUAAUGAUGUCAGAGCCUGGAUAAGUGGGCCAUUUUUGCCAUCUUGUGUUGGAUUGUUGAACUGCAAAUUGUUUGUAUACUAGAGAGACAGAAGGAAGAGAACAAGAUGGAUGAUGUUUCAACGUCAAACAUACAGCUUGGCGUUAAUAUAUCACAAUGUUUGUUAACUUUGAUCAGCUUAUUAAACCAGUAACAUCAAUAAACAUGGUUAAGCUCA